ACGUGUAGUGUAAAUGAUAACAUUACCGACUUUGCCUCGGGUUGUCGAACCCGUACACUCGGACGGGUUUUCGCCCCCCCGCUGCAACGUACGCGUUCGUGACAGCAGCGACAAAGUCCUUGGGACCGUUCACGAUCACGUCGACAUCGUCGAGGGAGUUGGGCGCCAAUUCGACGAACGUUUCUUCCGUGACUUUCGAUGCAUAAUGCAUCGAGCAUUGGUCCCACGCAUUCAGGUCGCCGUACCGACCCCCCUGCGACGCUUGGAAGGCGGCGAUGUCGUCAAAGGUCGGCGCACACUGCAAUGCAACAACCCGGCCGCGGUACGAAUCCUUGACGCUGUGCAGGCCUUGCAUCAUGGCGACGAAGGGCGCGGCGCCGAUGCCGUAGCUGAUGAGCAAGACGUCGGCGGGGAGGCCGGUGUCGGGGGUGUCGAUCUCAAAGUUGACGUUGGACGCAACCCAGAACAGCUUGAGUUUCGAGCACAUGGCUUGGCGGCACAGCCAGUCGGACGCGGCCACGUCGACGCAAAUGUCCAACGACGACGUGGCGCGGUCGUGGAACGACGCGAUGGGAAAACACACUUUGGUGUUGCCCGAGCCGAGGAGGAUCCCGUCGCCGGGUUGGAACCGCAGCGGAAAGUCAAACUCGAGUGUGAGGCGCCGCGCCUUGGACGACACCACAUCAACGUUUGUGAUGGCACACGGAAUGGAAUCUUGCACGGGGUCGGGGGCGUAGUGCACGACCACUGGCAGCACGAGGUAGAAGAGCAGGCAAUACGCCGUCAUGUAUGCCUCCUUGACAUGUCGGGACCACGAAGACCCGCUGAUGACCUCAAGCGUCUUGAUCAGCGUCACCCCCAUCGUCGCAUAGUCUUGCCGUUUGACGCCAAACUUGAGGUGGCCAGAUGCAAGCGCUUGCAUGCGCUCAACAAUGUUGCUGGCAGACAUGACCCCCGUCAUGACUUUGAUGAUGGACGCCAGGGAUUUGCCCUGCAACGUGAGGCUGGAACGGAAUAUCGCACGCAACGACGGGUCGGCGUUGAACAGCAGCGCGUAGAACGUUCGGUGGAAAAACUUGUCGGGGGACCCGUGCUUUUCCACGUCGAACGAUGACGUGCCCACACACACGGCGGACCAGUUGGCUUUGAUUAGUUCGACGUGGCGCGGCGUGAGCACUGGCAUCUUGAUGUCCAGCGGCAUGUGCUGCGCAUACUUUUGCGCAAACCCGGGCUUGAUGCCGACGCUCCCAUCCGGCGUGGCAAAGAUAAUUUUCGAGUGUUUCGAAGACAAUGUGCCGCCCAUGGCCAAGACAGACGAAUGAAGAAAUGGCAGGAUCGACCGAUGGAUGGACAACGAGGAUGUAUAUAAUAACGUUAUGGUCAGACCAAAGU